AUGACCUUUCAAGGGCACCAGGGGACAGGGGGUAUGCCGCCUAGCAGAACAACAGCCAGUCCUACUAGUUCUCCUACAACUUCUUCGAUAGAUACUGAAGCGAGUGGACCCAAGACUGCCAAACGCCGAGUCCAAAACAGAGAAGCUCAACGCAGGUUUCGCGAACGCAAAGAGCAGCAGAAGAAGCUUCUGCAGAAAAACGCCGAGGAUCUCCGCAACGAGUACCAAAUCUUGUUAAAACAGUACACUCAGACGGCCAGCGAUGUCACGCGGCUUGUCAAGGAGAACGUCGUCCUCAGAGUCGAGGUCAAAAAUCUGCGUCAGCAAUGGCGCAUGAUAUUUGCUGUCCUCCAACGACUUCAGGGUGCGCAUUCAGCGGCGGCUUUGCCUGAGGAUGAGUUCCCUUUUGACGACGUCCAGGGCUACCUUGAAGAAUUAGCUAGUGCAACACUUUCAAAUUCGACCCACUAG